UAAAAAUCGAUCGUCUUUUUAAAGUCUCGCAAAUGACGAGAUCUCGCGUUACGCGUGAUUUCAGGCCGCACAUGCGUACUGCUGGUCGCACACGAAUACUUCCGGUUUCUCCACAGUUGGCAAUCAUGUCGAAAGUUACCUUCAAGAUAACGCUGACGUCGGAUCCAAAACUGCCAUACAAAGUACUCAGUGUACCAGAGGCCACACCCUUCACGGCAGUUCUAAAAUUUGCAGCAGAGGAGUUUCGAGUACCACCUGACACAAGUGCCAUCAUUACCAAUGACGGCAUAGGUAUCAAUCCAGCCCAGACUGCAGGCAACGUUUUCCUAAAGCACGGCUCUGAACUGAGGAUUAUACCAAGAGACCGGGUUGGCUGCUGAGAAAAGAAAUCAUCUAUCUAUCCCUCUGAUUUUACAUGGAUGUUGACAUGGCUAUGUGACAAAACUAGCAAAUUGAAGAGACUGUGAAUAUGUUAGGCUCAAUGUAUUAAGUGUCUGUCAAUUUGCACAAUGAAGAUACAUGAAGCAAUCUGUAGUAUCUACCACCGAAGGAUAUUUAUUUCCCUUACUCUUGUCUGUUGUAGUCCCCAUUAUUUCCUCCGUAAUAUAAAGGUGCAGUGGUGAAAACACAGUCCAAUAUUUUAUCUGUGUUUUAAAUCAUGCAGCAUGAGUUAUUAUAUCACUUGGAUAUUCCAGUGCAUUGUCUCAAAUGUAUGUAAUGUUUGAGGCACUUACCAUUUAAAUUGGGACAGGAUUUUGCCUAAAUAUAUCUAACAAAGUUGUUAAGAUCUACAUGUAGGUAGAGAAUUCGUCCUUCUCAUAUUCCUAUAUUAUGGAAACAAGAAGUUAAUUUAGAGAUACUGUAAUGUGACAUUGCUGAUAUUGACAUAUGUUACGGUUAAAAAUGUUUGAGGCAAAAGUGCACCAUGUUGUACAAAAUGUAGGGUACAUGAAUUAAACAUGAAAUGACACAUACUUGA